CCAACCUCCUCUCUCAAACCACCAACCAAAACCAACCAACAAAAAUGUCCUUCCGCGCCUCGCCCAUCCGCGCCUUCAGCCGCAUGGCCUCUCGCCUGCUCCACGAGCCGCACCCCGUCGGCCGCUACCCGACGACCAUGGCGGCGCACCGCCCGAACCCGGGCUUCUACGCCUCCAAGCUCUGGCGCACCGCCUCGUGGUACGUGCCGCUGGCGACGGGCAUCCUGGGCUGGCCGAUUGCGGCCGCGUACGUGCUCAAGCGCACCGGCAUCUGACUGUUCAAACCGCUUGUGAUUGCCGUCGACGGGUUUGGCGACAAGAGGGCGAGGCCCGCUCUGCUGCCGGUGAGGGUUGAACCCGAUGUUUUGGAGGUUAAGAGGAGGAUGGUUAGGGCUGAGAGGGACGCGCAUGAGGUCGUUGGCUUGAUGGGCAGGAUGAGUGAGAUGUAGCGCAGUGUUGCUGCUGCUUCUCCUCUCCUCUCGUCUCGUUCCUUU